CAGGCAGGCUCCAUCCCUUUGUGGUCCUGAUGCUGAGCGGCCUCCUCUCUGCCUGCAUCCCUUUUCGCAGCAUCCUCCGCCUCCUCCUCAGCAUCCCUCCAUCCUUCCUGCCUGUGCUUUGGGGAGGAGGAGGAAGGGGGGCGCUGUUUGGGGGGGAUGGCAAAGCUGCCCAGGCAGCCAGCCCAGCAGCAUCCUCCGCCUCAGCAGCAGCAGCAGCAUCCUCCGCCACCGCCGCCUCCCCGCGCCUCCCCUAUGAGCAGCGGUGGCGGUGGGGAACCCGAGGGCAUGAAGGAUCUCGACGCCAUCAAGCUGUUUGUGGGCCAGAUCCCCCGCAACCUCGAGGAGAAGGACCUCAAGCCCCUCUUCGAGCAGUUCGGACAGAUCUACGAGCUCACGGUCCUCAAAGACCGCUACACAGGCAUGCACAAAGGCUGCGCCUUCCUGACCUAUUGUGCCCGAGACUCCGCCAUCAAAGCCCAGACGGCGCUGCAUGAGCAGAAGACGCUUCCGGGGAUGGCGCGGCCGAUCCAGGUGAAGCCGGCGGACAGCGAAAGCCGUGGAGGUAGAGACCGGAAACUCUUUGUGGGCAUGCUGAACAAGCAGCAGUCAGAAGAAGACAUCCUCCGCCUCUUUGAGCCCUUUGGGGCUAUUGACGAAUGCACUGUCUUGCGAGGACCGGACGGCAAUAGCAAAGGAUGCGCUUUUGUGAAAUUCUCCUCUCAUACAGAAGCCCAGGCAGCCAUCCAUGCACUCCAUGGCAGCCAAACAAUGCCUGGUGCCUCCUCCAGCCUCGUAGUGAAAUUUGCUGACACAGACAAGGAGCGGACGCUGCGCCGGAUGCAACAGAUGGUGGGGCAGCUGGGCAUCCUCACCCCGUCCUUUGCCUUGCCUUUCAGCCCCUACGGGGCCUACGCGCAGGCGCUGAUGCAGCAGCAGACAGUCCUGUCGGCGUCACACAGCAACUUCGUCAGCCCGACCCUCACCUUCUCUCCGUGCCACAUCCAGCAGAUCGGCACUGUCAGCCUCAACAACUUGCCCAGCUCUCCCAUCACACAGACAUCAGGUUUACAUUCACCCUCCCUGCUGGGCAGCACUGCCGUUCCAGGGCUGGUGGCCCCCCUCACCAACAGCUUUGCUGGCGUGGUCCCCAUUCCCAGCAGCCACCAUCCCAGCCUGGAGGCUGUCUAUGCCAACGGGCUGGUGCCCUGCACAGCUCAGAAUCCGUCGGUAGGAGAGGCGCUCCAUCCCGCCUUUACCGGAGUCCAGCAAUAUGCAGCUGUCUACCCGACGACAACCAUCACCCCGGUAGCUCAGGCCAUCCCUCAACCUCUUCCCAUUAUUCAGCAACAGCAGCAGCAGCAGCAACAACAACGAGAAGGUCCGGAAGGCUGCAACCUCUUCAUCUAUCACCUCCCGCAAGAGUUUGGUGACAACGAGCUGAUGCAGAUGUUCCUUCCCUUUGGGAACAUCAUCUCCUCCAAAGUGUUCAUGGACCGAGCCACGAACCAAAGUAAAUGUUUUGGUUUUGUGAGUUUUGACAACCCCUCCAGUGCCCAGACUGCCAUCCAAGCGAUGAACGGGUUCCAGAUUGGCAUGAAAAGGUUAAAAGUCCAGUUGAAGCGGCCCAAGGACGCUGGUCAUCCCUACUGAGCAGGGAUGCAGGGGAAGAUGGACGACACUCUACAAGUUCUUUCUUUCUGUUUUCCUUUUAAAGAAGAGAUCCCGAGGAAAAGGGUGGACAAUGAUCCUCGCAAUCAGUUCAGGAUCCCUUUUUUGCGGCCCUUGUCCAUGGGAACACUGGUGUAUAUAUAAAGUGCGAAAGAGAGAUGGGGAUAUAUAAAUCUAUAUCACUCUAUAUAUAUUUUUUAAAAUGUGGGGAGAAAGAAACCACAAACAUUGCGCUGGACCAAACCUUUUUAUCCUUCCUUCCUUCUUUCUGCGGAAAAAAAAUGGGACCAUUUGCGUCUGAUUUUCGAAACGAGAGACGAGCAGCUUGGGAUCAAAACAGGGAGCGUUUUGUUUUUUUU